AAUUGUUUCUUACUUAGAAAGCUUUCUUCUUUUCUAGUAAAAUACAGCAAUUUCAAUUUCCAAAUACAUUUUUUCACUCUUUGUCAAAUUUCAAUCAAUUCGCCUACUUACUUCCCCUUAUAUGCAUAAUAUGGGGUAGAAAUUGUUAUUUACCUUCUAUGUAUGUUAUGAUUAGGUAGGUAUAUAAAUAUAUGUUGAACUUAGUUAAGUGUCAUCACAUUAAUUUCUAUAUAGAAAAAAACUAUUUGUAAGUUAGGAGGCAAACACAUUUGGAAUUUACAUCAAUGGUUUCUAUUUGGAAAGUUCUUGCAGCGGUAGUUGCAGUGCUAUACCUCGUUCAAGCAUUGCACAACAUAUUCAUGAAAAAAAAGAAUGAAACUUCCUCCAGGCCCUAAAGGGUUUCCAAUUACAGGAAAUCUCCAUAUGGUAUUAGGCAAAAAUCUCCAUCAAGCUCUUCAUCAUAUAGCAAAAAGACAUGGUCCCAUAAUGAGUAUGCGAUUUGGUCUUGUUCCUGUAAUUGUUGCUUCAUCUCCUCAUGCAGCUGAACAAUUCUUGAAAAAACAUGAUAUUGUUUUUGCUAGUAGACCAUAUAAUGAAGCUGCUCAGUACAUUGCAUAUAAUCAAAGAGAUUUGGUUUUCGCAAAAUAUGGACCUCAUUGGAGAAAUAUGCGAAAAUUAUGCACGUUAGAAUUGCUUAGUAACAUCAAGGUCAAUUCAUUUCAAUCUAUGAGAAAAGAAGAGCUUGGAAUAUUUGUGAAUUCUCUCAAACAAGCAGCUUCUAACCGUAUUGAGGUUGAUCUUAGUGCUAAACAUGCCUCUCUAAGCACAAAUAUGUCGUGUUUAAUGGUACUUGGGAAGAAGUAUAUGGAUGAGGAGUUUGAUGAAAGGGGUUUUAAAAAUAUAAUGGAAGAGACUGUAGUUAUAGCAGCAUCACCAAAUAUUGAUGACUUUUUUCCUUUCCUUAGUGUGUUUGAUUUGCAGGGAUUUAUUGCUCGCAUGAAGGAAUUGGCAAAGAUUUUUGAUGAUUUUUUUGAGAAAGUUAUUGAUGAGCAUGUUCAAUCCAAGGACCAAAAGAAGGCUAAGGAUAUUAUUGAUACUAUGAUGACUAUUAUGCAAUCUGGAGAAGCUGAAUUCAAAUUUGAUCGUCGCCAUGUCAAAGCUGUCUUGCUGGACUUGCUAAUAGCUUCAACAGACACUAUAUCAUCUGCAAUUGACUGGAUUUUUUCUGAACUUUUAAGACACCCUAAGGUUAUGAAGAAACUACAAAAUGAGUUGGAAGAAGCAGUUGGCAUAAAUAGAAUGGUGGAAGAGUCAGACUUGGAAAGACUAGAGUACUUAGACAUGGUUAUAAAAGAAGGUCUUAGGCUGCACCCCCCUUCACCACUAAUGACACCUCAUGAAUCAAUUGAAGAUUGCAUAGUUGAUGGUUUCGAUAUACCUAAAGGUUCAAGACUUCUUGUAAAUGUUUGGGCGAUUGGAAGAGAUCCAGAAGCUUGGCCUGAGCCCGAGAAGUUCAUGCCAGAAAGGUUCGUUGAUAGCAACAUUGAUCUUCGUGGGCGUGACUUUCAACUUUUACCAUUUGGCUCUGGCAGAAGAAGUUGCCCUGGAUUACAACUAGGGCUCACCAUCGUUCGCCUAGUGCUAGCACAAUUGGUUCAUUGCUUUGAUUGGGAGCUACCAAAUGUGUUUCUUCUGUUGCUUGGUUUACAUUACAUCAGUAUCCAACUUCUGUAAAAAAUGAUUAGAGUCUGUAGGCUAAUUCUCUGGUAAGAUCUUGCCUCAACGUUCUGUAUUGUGCUAUUUACAGAUAUUAAUAUUGAGGUGAUGGUUACUGCUUUUUGUCCUCAUUUGCAUUGGCAGUUGCAAGAUUUUGACUACACUAAUUUUAUCCCUGAUUCAUUAUUUGCAAUGGUUGAUUGUGAAAGAACCAGAUAGGUGAAACUCUUCUAAUUAAUA